AUGGUUGUCUUCAGCAAAGUGACCGUUGCUCUCGCCUGCUUUUCGGCCGUUGCCUCAGCUGUGCCGACGAAGAGCCCCCGUAAGGGCUUCACUGUCAACCAGGUGACAAAGACUCCUACCGGCACCCGGACUGUCAACUUGCCUGCUAUCUACGCCAAUGCACUGGCCAAGUAUGGUGCCACUGUCCCGGCCAGCGUUCAUGCUGCUGCUUCUAGCGGUUCUGCCGUUACCACACCUGAGGACGGCGAUGUUGAGUACCUCACUCCCGUCACCAUUGGCGGCUCCACCUUGAACUUGGACUUCGACACUGGCUCUGCCGAUCUCUGGGUCUUCUCUAGCGAGCUCGCCUCCUCGGCGCAGAGUGGCCACGACGUCUAUGACCCCACCAAGAGCGGCACUAAGCUGUCGGGCGCUAGCUGGUCAAUUUCAUAUGGUGAUGGCAGCUCUGCCAGUGGUGAUGUCUACAAAGACACUGUAUCCGUUGGUGGAGUCAAGGCUACUGGCCAAGCUGUUGAGGCUGCCAAGAAGAUCAGCUCCCAGUUCUUGCAGGACAAGAACAAUGAUGGCCUGCUGGGUCUGGCUUUCAGCUCUAUCAAUACUGUCAGCCCCACGCCCCAGAAGACGUUCUUCGACACCGUCAAGUCUGGGCUUGACAAGCCCCUGUUCGCUGUGACUCUUAAGCACGGCAAGCCUGGCACUUAUGACUUUGGCUUCAUUGAUAAGGCGAAGUUUACCGGAGAGGUGGUCUACGCCGAUGUUGACGACUCCCAGGGCUGGUGGACUUUCACCGCCGACAGCUACAAGGUUGGCACUGGUUCUGCUGGUCCCUCCAUCACCGGCAUUGCUGACACUGGAACCACCCUCCUUCUGCUCGAUGACACUGUUGUCUCGGCCUACUACAAGAAGGUUACUGGCUCCAAGAAUAGCAGCUCCGCUGGUGGCUAUGUCUUCCCUUGCAGCGCCACUCUGCCUGAUUUCACCGUGACCAUCAAUGGCUACAACGCCGUUGUUCCCGGCAAGUACAUCAACUACGCUCCCGUCACAACCGGUAGCUCUUCUUGCUUCGGUGGUAUCCAGAGCAACUCUGGCAUUGGCUUCUCCAUCUUCGGUGACAUCUUCCUCAAGAGUCAGUAUGUCGUCUUCGAUGCCGAAGGACCUCAGAUUGGCUUCGCUGCCCAGGCAUAA